AUGGACAACUUCACUUCUGGGAGCAUAUUUUUCCUCAUGGGCUUCUCCGAUGUUAGGGAAAUCCAGGUCUUACAUGCAGUGCUAUUUUUGCUAAUUUACCUGGUAUCUCUACUUGUGAAUCUUCUAAUUAUCACCCUUACCACCAAGGAUCAUCAACUCUACACCCCUAUGUACUUCUUCUUAAAGAACUUGCCCUUUCUGGAUCUCUGCCUCAUUUCCAUCACUGUCCCCAAAUCCAUCAUGAACUCUCUAAUGAAUCACAACACAAUUUCAUUACUUGGAUGUGUUUCACAGGUGUUUUUUUUUCUUUCUUUAGCCAGUACAGAAGUAGCACUACUCACAGUCAUGUCCUAUGAUCGCUAUGUUGCUGUCUGCCAUCCUCUCAGAUAUGACAUCAUCAUGGGCCACAGAGCCUGUAUGCAGAUGGCCACCACUUCAUGGGUCAGUGGAGGUCUCAAUGCAAUUCUUCAUACAGCUUCUACCUUUUCCAUACCCAUGUGUGGGCUUCCUGAAAUUCAUCAGUUCUUCUGUGAUUUCCCACAACUGCUCUCCCUUGCCUGUUCAUAUAACAUUGGGGAAUUAGUAGUCAUUGGACUCAGUCUAGUGUUAGAUUUUGGCUGUUUUGUGUUUAUUGAUAUUUCUUACAUUUAUAUAUUUUCCACUGUGCUGAGAAUGCCUUCCAGAGAAGGAUGCCACAAAGCCAUGUCCACAUGCCUGCCUCUCCUCCUUGUUGUGACUCUGUUUCUCUCUUCUGGAUUUUUUGCCUAUUUACAUCCCUUGCCCAAAUAUCCAUCACUUUUAGACUUGCUAGUUUCUGUAUUCUAUACUGUAGUGCCACCCACCAUGAACCCCCUGAUUUACAGUCUGAGAAAUAAAUAUAUGAAAAUGGCACUAAGGAAAUUGAUAAUGGACAAAUACAAUUUAUCAAUAUAA